AUGAGUGUUGACGAGAUUAUAUACUCAGAAAAGUAUUAUGAUGACGUCUAUGAGUAUAGGCAUGUUACAUUACCAAAAGAAAUCAGCAGGAAAGAUCCGAAGGACCACCUUUUAAGCGAAGAAGAAUGGAGAGCUCUUGGCAUCCAAAUGAGCCCAGGAUGGAUCCAUUAUCACAGACAUAAUCCAGAGCCAAAUAUUCUCUUAUUUAGAAGAGAACACCAUGGAAAUGUUCCGAAAGAUGCCCUUUAA